CCCAAGAAUAGCAGGGUCAUCAGGAACCCGGGGAGGCUCGGGCUGUGCGUUCUCCUUGGUCUCUUCGUCGGCGAUGCUGAUAUCGCUCACAUCGCUACCACGGAAGACGAUGUAUUCGUAAACAGUCGAAGAAGGGGGAACCUCCUCCGCUGGGUUCUUGCGGCGCCCCUCUGUGCCAAAUGACUGCACGUUUUCCAAAGCUAUCGUGGAGGCUUCGGGAUUGAUUUCGUGAAGUGUGCCGACAUAGCUGGGAGAUUCAUCAGCAGCAAGUUCUCAGGAUCAUAAGAAAAGGGGAGACCAUACCGAAUCUCGCUCUUAGAAAUGAGGUUGAAGCGCUGACUGUAAACUGUUAACCCCAGCCCAGCCACACAAACCCUGGUUCCGCCCGGGGGCUGCUGACGACUGACCCUAUCAAAUGGUUCAUAUCCAUCUUGGCGGGGUGCGCGGGAUCGCGCGACGAGUAUGAAUUGCGAGGUGAUAGAGAGGAGGGGUGAUGAGAGCGGAAGAGAGAGUUAGGAGGGGUGAGUGAAUCCGGUGACGUGGAGGAAAGUGGGUAAGAUGGGAAGAGAAAAGAAGAGCGAGGAAGCAAAAUCUGUGGUUUUGGUGGAUUCGGGCUAGGGCGGACCGCAGAAGCUCGGUAAGCAGUUCUCCGCGUGGGCGUUUUGGUGGGUUGGAGACCGUUUUUGAAGAGGGUUUCAAUCUUGCUUCAGUCCCUUAAAGCGUGGAGAAAGGGAGAGAAAGCUCGGAUCUUGACGAUGACCACCUCUUCGAACCGAGACCACUUCUUCCAGACCUCUGCUGCCUUAGACGAGCAGGAGCGGAAAGAAGCCAAGUCUCAGAAUGAAAAUGGCAACCCCAUCAAGUUACAGAGCAAGAUUCUAGCAGUCUUCUCUGACCCUUGGAACCAAGGAUCAGUCUACGUUGCGCAGAGUAGUGGUGUGGUGAGAAGGGUCGUGCUGGCAACUGGUGAGUCUGCGGCCCUAUACAAGGGGCCCGAAGCUCCAUUGACGAGCCUAUGUCUCAGCCCGGAUGGGAAAUUGCUGUUCGCCGGCUGUUGGGACAAGACCAUCUGGAGCUGGGACGUGGCCUCUCGACAGCCUCGCCAGAGGUACGAAGGACACAGUGACUUUGUCAAAUCUGUGAUCAGUGCGAGACUUCAAGAUCAGGAUGUAUUGAUCUCCGGAGGCGCCGAUGCCAAGAUGCUCAUCUUCAACAUUGCCAGCGGCGAGCGGACCGAGACAUUUAAGGGUCACCUUCGUGGUAUCCUGGAUCUUUCCAUUGACCCCGAGACGGAGGAAAGCAAAGUAACCGUGUUCAGUGCCGGAAGUGACCGAGAGAUCCGUCAAUUCAAGCUCGUUGGUGGAGGUGACGAGGCCGAACCCCUUCUUCCACAUGAAACUAGCGUGAACAAGCUCUUCUUCGACGCAGAUGGUGAUUUGUGGACGGCGUCCGCUGACAAGACAGCUAAAUGUCUUAUCCGAGCUGAUGGCUGGAAAGCCAAUCUCACCUUGGAGCACCCUGAUUUUGUGCGAGAUAUUCUGGUCUAUGAGGAUGGAGGCUGGGUGGUGACUGCCUGUCGGGACGAGGAGGUUCGAGUUUGGAAUCGAUCUACUGGCGAACUUCAUCAUACAUUCUCGGGCCAUUUUGAGGAAGUUACUGCCCUGGCUCUAGUUGGGUCAACUAUUGUUAGUGUGGCCAUUGAUGGUACCAUUCGGCAAUGGUCUCUUCGAGCCGAUGAGCUGCAACGGGCGGUAGACCUGGCCAAAAAUGGUCCCAAGGAAGAGGAGCAGCUGGAUGCUGAGCCUAUGCUCACAGAAGAGGAGGAGCGGGAGUUGGCUGAGUUGAUGGGAGAUGAUUAGACAUUGCAUUGAUACCCCAGACUAAAGAUAAGAUGAUGUGUACGAAAAAAAAGGUGUCUUCAGAGUGCAGCGGCCGCAUACCAUAAGGUUCCAAAAUACUG